AUAUAUUUUUCUCCGCCAUCUUCUUCUUUCUUCUCUACUUUUACAUUAGCCCUGACCCCAUUGAAAGGCACGCUUUAGCCCUCUUUUAGGGACACCCAAGUUUUAAGAAUUUUCAUUUUCUCUUCUUAUCUUCUCUCUUUCCUGGUCCAACACAUAAUUAUUAUAUGUAGAAUGGAUUUUCUCCAUGAAAAUCUUAACCUUGAAUUGGGUUUUGAUCAUCUGAAGAGACUAACUUAAACAAGAUCCAUUUAAAGAGAUCCUUUCAUCUUUCUCUAAUUCGAUUUGCAAUUCCAAUCAAGAAGAUGACUAAAGGAAGAAGAUCAACUUCAAGAUCAGAUGCUGCUGCUGCAUUAUGUUUUAUCACAUUUAUUUCAUUCUGGAUCUCUGCCAAUUCUAUGCUUUCUUCAAAAGGUGUUAACUUUGAAGUUCAAGCUUUGAUGGGUAUAAAAGCUUCAUUGGAUGAUCCUCAUGGUGUUCUUGAUAAUUGGGAUGGUGAUUCUGUUGAUCCUUGUAGCUGGACAAUGGUCACAUGUUCUUCAGAAAGUCUGGUCAUUGGCCUGGGUACGCCAAGCCAGGAUUUAUCGGGUUUUUUAUCGCCCAGCAUUGGAAACUUGUCGAAUCUCCAGAUCGUUCUAUUGCAGAAUAACAAUAUAACAGGAAGAAUUCCAGAAGAGAUUGGAAAACUAUCAAGGCUUCAUACACUUGAUCUUUCAAAUAAUCAUUUUAAUGAAGAAAUACCAAUUUCUUUAUCUCAAUUAAGCAAUCUCCAAUACAUGAGACUCAAUAACAACAGUCUAUCAGGGAAGAUUCCACUGUCCUUAGCCAACAUGACACAGCUUGCCUUCUUGGAUCUUUCAUUCAAUAAUUUGAGCGGUCCAGUGCCUAAAUUUCCUGCUAAAACAUUUAGUGUGGUUGGAAAUCCGUCUAUUUGCGCUACGGGGUAUGAAGGAGAUUGCUAUGGGAGUACAUUAAUGCCAAUGUCGAUGCCAUUGAAUGGUUCCGAAAACGUUUCUUCUAGAAAAACGAGAAGUCGAAAUGUCGGGUUGGCUUUAGGAUCAACCGUCGGGUUUAUAAGCUUGCUUGUUCUUUUUAUUGGGCUUUUUCUUCAAUGGAGACAAAGGCGUGGCAAGCAAUUGUUUUUCGAUGUCAAUGAUAAACAACACGACGAUAUAUGCUUAGGAAACUUGAGGAGAUUUCCAUUUAGGGAGCUUCAAAUUGGGACCGAUAAUUUCAGCAACAAGAACAUUCUUGGAAAAGGUGGUUUUGGAAACGUGUAUAAAGGCUAUCUUCGCGAUGGCACGGCCGUGGCUGUCAAGAGGCUCAAAGAUGGAAGCACGGUUGGUGGCGAGAGGCAGUUCCAAACUGAGGUAGAGAUGAUCAGUCUUGCAGUUCAUCGAAAUCUUCUUAGGCUAUAUGGUUUUAGUGUGACAUCUUCGGAACGACUUCUUGUCUACCCUUUCAUGUCUAACGGAAGCGUUGCUUCGCGCCUUAAAGCAAAACCAGUGUUGGAUUGGGGAAUUAGGAAAAGAAUUGCUUUGGGGGCUGCAAGAGGGUUGUUGUAUCUUCAUGAGCAAUGUGAUCCAAAGAUAAUUCAUCGGGAUGUUAAGGCUGCAAACAUACUUCUUGACGACUAUUGUGAGGCGGUUGUCGGAGAUUUCGGUUUGGCAAAGCUUUUGGAUCACAAGGAGUCACAUGUGACCACAGCCGUGAGAGGAACCGUAGGCCACAUUGCGCCCGAGUAUCUCUCAACCGGUCAAUCCUCAGAAAAGACCGAUGUAUUUGGUUUCGGGAUUCUACUACUUGAAUUAAUCACGGGACAAAGAGCCUUAGAAUUUGGAAAGUCAGCCAACCAAAAAGGAGCAAUGCUCGAUUGGGUUAAGAAGAUUCAUCAAGAGAAGAAACUUGAAGUGCUCGUGGAUAAGGAUCUAAAGAAUAACUAUGAUAGAGUCGAGCUUGAAGAGACCGUGAAAGUUGCUCUUUUGUGCACUCAAUAUCUUCCAAGCCAUCGACCAAAGAUGUCGGAGGUUGUGAGGAUGCUUGAAGGAGACGGGCUUGCUGAGAGAUGGGAAAUCUCGCAAAGGGUGGAUUCAACAAAGUACAAACCACAAGAUCUUUCUUUGUCGGGACGAUUUUCGGACCUCACCGAUGAUUCUUCACUUCUUGUGCAAGCCAUUGAGCUCUCUGGCCCAAGGUGAAUGAAUGAACAACUUUAAACACCACAAUUUUUUAUGUCGUUGUAUAGCAUAGAUAUAGAUCAAAAGGGUGAUAUGAGUGUUAUGUGUUUUGGACAAAAAUUUUGUAAUAUUUUCAUGUUUAAUAUCACUUAUUAACCUAUCUAUU